UGGAAGUCCAAUUAUUGCUAAUGGCGGGUAUUUCUAUGAAACAAACGGAUUUUGGCUUAUUGUUUCCUGACUGUAUGCAAUAAUAUAAAUAUUGGGAUUUCAAAUUAAUUUCCGGCGUGUGUUUCAAAGUAUUCUCGAUGUUUAAACAGAGCGAAUGGUCUGAAUCAGAGGACACUGUAAGGUUUACUGUUAUCAUCAUGUGGCUGCUGUCUGUUAACUACUGAUUCAGACUGAAACUCAGCAGGAAGAAGAAGCAGAAAGCGUGUUUAAAAUAAUACUCUAAUACUCUAAUACUACUGCACACAUAGAUAACUUGAUGGGACGGUGGAAGUUUAGCUAGGACAGAAACUUAGCGUUCAUUCAUUCCGACCUUUUAGGGUCGCUGCCAAUAAAUCUGCACAAUCUGAUGAAACGGAAAUGGUUUGGUUAAAGUUGUUAGUGUUGCUGUUAUUAAUAACCGCUAUUGAAGUUAACGGCUCCUCGAAAUUAAAUAUUCCUAAAGUGCUGCUACCGCUUGCUAGAAGUACAAGGAUCAACUUCACUCUGGAGACUACUGAAGGCUGCUACAGAUGGACUUCCACAAGACCCGAAGUAGCGAGCAUCCAGGCUGUAGAGGAGGACAGCAGCAGAGGCUGCUCCCGGAAAGCUGUCCUCCAGGCUCUGUCCACCCAGCCCUCCAGACUGACCAGCAUCAUUCUGGCUGAAGAUGUUGUUACAGGUCAGGUACUACGUUGUGACGCCAUUGUCGACAUCAUCAGUGAGAUCCAGAUUGUGUCGACCACCAGAGAGCUCCACCUUGAGGACUCACCACUGGCGCUCAAAAUUCAUGCACUGGACUCUGAAGGAAACACCUUCAGCACUCUUGCAGGUCUCGUGUUUGACUGGACCUUAGUGAAAGAUGUGGAUGUGAAUGGAUUCUCUGACUCUUACAAUUCAUUACGGGUACUAAAAUUCUCAGAGUCCACCUACACACCCCCUGGAUACAUAUCUGAAAUGGAGCGUGUUGGGAAACAAGGAGAUAUUAUUUUGGUGUCAGGACUAAAAACAGGACAUGCAAAAUUGAAGGCCAAAAUACAAGAGUCGUUGUAUAAGGAUGUGGGCGCCGCAGAGGUUAGGCUGCUGAUUUUAGAGAACAUCCUGCUGAGUCCUGCGCACGACGUCUACUUGCUGGCGGGAACUUCCAUCCGUUACAAAGUCUUGAAGAUAAGACAAGGCACGAUCACAGAGCUCGUAAUGCCUUGUGAUCAGUAUGAACUGCACCUUCAGAACAGUGUGGUUGGCACUAAUGGGAACCCAGAUGUUGCCGUGGCCAGUCUGGAUCAAAGCACCUCCACAGUGACAGCGACUCAACUCGGACACAUCAACGUGGUGCUGGAUCAUAAGAGCCUUCGAAUGCAAGGAGUGUCUCGCCUUCCCAACAGCACUCUGUAUGUGGUUGAACCAGGCUACCUAGGUUUUAAAAUCCACCCAGGAGACAGCUGGGUUCUGGAAACAGGCAGAGUGUAUGAUAUCCUCAUCGAAGUCUUUGAUAAAACUGGCAACAAAAUUUACCUCUCUGAUAAUGUCCGUAUUGACACCGGUUUCCCCGCGGAGUACUUUGAAGUGCGGGAGUCUUCUCUGAACGGCUCAUAUCAUCGCGUCAAAGCGCUCAAAGAAGGCCUCACUCUCAUCGAUGCUACCCUAAAAGCUGUCGUGGAUCAAACUGGAAACGUCCACGCACUCGUCAACCCAGUCCACAAUGAACAGGAUGUAGAGAUCUAUAACCCUAUAGUUCUAAGUCCAGCUAUUCUGACAUUUCCAUGGCAGCCCAAGGUUGGAGCUUAUCAGUACACCAUAAAGGCGACAGGAGGGAGUGGAAACUUCAGCUGGUCUUCCUCCAACACAGCUGUGGCCACAGUGACUGUGAAGGGAGUGAUGACAACAGUCAGUGACAUUGGCAUCAGUGUAGUUUAUGCUCAUGAUCUACGCAACUCGCUGCAUUUUGGCCAGAUGAAGGUGUAUGUUGUGGAGCCUGUGGCCAUGGACUUUGCUCCUUGCCCGGUGGAGGCCAGGGUGGGCCUCCUCCUGGAGCUGCCACUCAGGAUCUUCGGCCUCCUGGAGGAGGUGGAGACAGAGCGGGUCAUGUUGAGCGACUGCUCCCACUUUGACCUGCAGGUUGAGGAGGAGAACCACGGCGUCUUCCAACUACUAGAUGGGAGGCUAGCUCCAGGCCAGGAGCACUGCAGCGGGGUGAGAGCCAAGGCCCUGGCCCCCGGCUACACCAUCCUGACCGUCAGCUACACCCACGGCAACGUUCACCUCAGCGCCAAGAUCACCAUCGCUGCCUAUCUUCCUCUCAGAGCGAUUGACCCUGUAUCUGUUGCCGUGGUGACUCUGGGAUCUUCUAAAGACAUGUUGUUUGAGGGCGGGCCUCGGCCUUGGGUUUUAGAGCCCUCAAAGUUCUUUUGCCACUUGAGCGCUGAGGAUGAGUCCAGUGUGAGCCUCACUCUGACCAGUCCCUCAUCCCACAACUACAACCAGCACUGGGUCAGAGCCUCCUGCAGGGCCCUGGGAGAGCAGGUGUUGGAGGUGAUGGUGGGAAACAAAGCCACUGUAACUAAUCCAUUCCCUGCUGUGGAGCCGGCAGUUGUCAAGUUUGUAUGUGCCCCUCCGUCCCGCCUCACACUGGCCCCGGUCUACACCAGCCCCCAGCUGGACCUGACCUGCCCACUGCUGCAGCAGAACAAACAAGUGGUCCCUGUUUCAAAUUACCGAAAUCCCAUUUUGGACUUGGCUGCUUUUGAUCAACAAGGAAGGAAGUUCGACAACUUCAGCUCUCUGAGCAUCUUGUGGGAGUCGACCAUGGAGAGUCUGGCCAGCAUUGAGCCCACAUGGCCCAUGGAGCUCCAGCUGUUCCAGGAUGGCAACAAACAAAUGAAACUUCACGGACGACAGACCGUUCUUGUCCAUCAUCAAACAGGCAUUGCUUCCAUCACGGCGACAGCUCUGGGUUACCAGGUUUUACAUCUCGCAGCAGCUAAAGUUCCCAGUCCAUAUGACCCUUUGACCCCAGUCUCAGCCACUCUGGAGCUGCUGUUGGUUGAAGAUGUGAAGGUUUCUCCUGACACAGUUACCAUUUACAACCACCCAGAUGUGCGGACUAACUUGGCCCUGCGAGAAGGUUCAGGGCACUUUUUCGUCAAUACCAGCGUUAAAGGGAUAGCAGACGUUGUAUUCCAGGAGGCUCAAGGAACGGCUCAGGUCUCCCCCGUCUACCCAGGAGAGGUGAAGGUGAUGGUUCACGACCUUUGUCUGGCGUUUCCAGCACCUGCCAAGGCCACAGUCCAUGUUUCUGACAUCCUGGAGGUUUAUGUGAGAGUUGUUGACAAGGUGGAGAUUGGCAAGUCUGUCAGAGCUUAUGUCAGAGUUUUGGAUGAUAAUAAGAAGCCCUUCCCAGUCAGCUAUUUCCAUUUCAUGAAUCUUAAACUCAAGGCAGCUUCUGCAAUCGUCUCUCUAAAACCAUUAGCGGAGUCUGCAGAACACGACACAGCCGUAUUCGUGGUGAAAGGUGUUUCUAUUGGUCAGACCACGCUGUCAGCUGUUGUUGUGGAUAAACAUGGGAAGAAAAUUGCAUCUGCACCUCAGCAAUUUGAGGUAUUCCCACCAUUCAAACUCAUACCACGGAAAAUGACUCUGUUAAUUGGAGCAAUGAUGCAGAUCACAUCUGAGGGUGGCCCUCAGCCUCAGUCCAAUAUCCUUUUCUCUAUUUCCAACGAGGAAAUAGCUUCUGUUAACGGCAUCGGCCAUGUCAGGGGUGUUACCAUCGGUAAUGUCACUGUGACAGGACUGGUCCAAGCUGUUGAUGCCGAGACUGGGAAGCUUGUUGUUGUGUCUCAGGAUCAAGUUGAAGUUGAGGUUGUGCAGUUGGUGGCCAUACGAAUCAGAGCUCCUAUCACAAGAAUGAAGACAAAAGCACAGAUGCCUGUAUAUGUGAUGGGUCUGACCAAUAGUCAAACACCCUUCUCUUUUGGCAACGCUGUCCCAGGCCUCACCUUCACCUGGUCCACCACCAAGAGAGACAUUCUGGACGUGCAGCCCAGACACAUGGAGGCUAACGUGGAGCUCCAGUCGGAGCACAACUUUGGCAUGAGUGUGACUGGACGAACGAGAGGGCGGACGGGGCUGAAGGUGGUGCUCAGAGUCACUGACCCCGGGGCCGGGCAGCUAGCAAGGAACCUGCAGGAGCUCACAGAUGAGAUCCAGAUCCAGGUCUAUGACAAGCUACACAUGCUUAAUCCCGAAGUAGAGGCCGGGCAGUUACUGAUGGCUCCCAACUCAGCCCUCAAACUUCAGACGAGCAGGGAUGGUGUAGGUGCGCUCACUUACCGGAUGCUGGAUUGCCCCGACCAGGUUGUUAUCGCUCAAGUGGAUGAUAAGGGCUUCCUCGUCUCCGGCUCUCUUACUGGCAGCUCCUCUCUGCUCAUCACCUCGCAGGAGACCUUUGGUGUCAAUCAAACUCUCAUCCUUGCAUUGAAGGUGGUACCUGUGUCCUAUGUGCGCUUCAGUACUAGUCCCGUGCUCUACACGGACACCAAAGAGAGCCUGAAAGCCUUCCCCCUGGGCAUAGUGCUCACCUUCACUGUCCACUUCCAUGCCAGCACUGGAGAGACCCUACACAGCUCCAACUCCCAGCUGACCUUCUCCACAAACAGAGAUGACUUGGUGCAGGUGGGGAUGGGUCCUAGUAACCACACUCUGACAGUGAGGACGGUCAAUGUGGGCCUCACUCUCCUCGCAGUGUGGAUCAGUGAGAACACGGCUGUGGCGGACUACGUUCCACUUCCUGUCGGGCACGCCAUCCACCCAGACGAGGCCCACAGACUGGUGGCGGGGGAUGUGGUCUGCUUCUCCGCCCAGAUUACCAGCCCUGAUGGUGCUCGUGGUACUUGGAGCUCCUCAGCCAAUGGGAUUCUUCAGGUGGAUCCUAAAAGUGGUGCAGCAGUAGCCAGAGACUCGGGGACCGUUACUGUGUACUAUGAGAUACCUGGUGUCUUAAAAACGUACAGAGAGGUGGUGGUAGAAGCAGCUACGAGGACGGCUGUUAUGGCGCAGGCUACUUCUGUCAGGAUCGGCAAGGAAACAAAAGUCAUACUCACCACCAGAGGGAGAGGAACCAACCUCAUUGGAACCUGUUCCUCUGCCCAGACUCAAGCUAUCUCUCAGCUGCAGCCAGAAACCUCCGUCAGCUGCCAUCUCAGCUUUAGCAGCGAUGCUGUUGACUUCUCUGCUAAUGACGUCUUCAAAACACACACCAGCUUUGACUCCAGCAUUGGCUCCUACACUUGUUCCAUAACCUUGCAGCCAAUGACUGACCAGCAGACCCGUGUGCUCAGCAUGUCCAUGACCAGCCUGCUGGUGAGCGCCGGCCUGGGGGGCGGAGCAUCCUCUGGGGAACGAGUCAGCGCCAGGCUGCCCAUCGAGCCGGGCCUCUACUCCGACCAGACCGAGCUGCUGCUUUCCAGCCUGCACCCGUCGGCUGAACUCACCGUGUACGGCCCCGCUGCUGCCCUGUCCAACAUGGAGGUGGUGUCUACUUCUCCCAGCAUUGCUGUCCAGGAGACUGAGGUCCACCGUGGCUUCCCCAGUUUCUCCAAGUACACCAUCAGGGCUGUGGACCCCCAGGCAGCCGUCUCUGCUUCCAUUUCCAUAAGCAGCUCCUCCGGCGGCCAGAGUAUCGUCAUCCCAGUCACUUUGACUCACGUGGCUGAUCCCAACGCUGCCAAACUAGCAGCUGCUCCUCCAGUUGUUCCCGUCGAGGGGGGCCACUCCCUGCACAGCUUCAUAAACUCCUACCAGAUGAUGUUCUUCACCCUGUUCGCUCUGCUGGCCGGCACAGCCAUCAUCAUCAUCGUCCUCCACACUGUGUUCAGCCAGAGGGAACAAGCGUAUCACCCUGCUUUCAUCCAGAGGACACCGCCACCCACUUCAGGUUUAGACUGUUCUGCAGCGAAUUCCUUCAACCGUACGAUACCGAGGAUGGACCCAAACAGCAGCCCCAGGUCACGCCUCUACUCUCCAGACUACAAGUCCUGAUGAAGCUCUCUGUCUGGUCUCUAUUCUUCAAAAGUAGAACACCACAGGCCAUUAAUGCAUAUUGAAUGUGCCUCUGUCUCUCAGUGAGAAUGCUGUGGGCCGUGACUGCAAAAUCUCAGUUUCACUCAGUUGUAUUCACAUGUUGGUACAGAUGCUUCAAAGAAACCUAUUUUUCAGAUUUAGCCGAUAAGUUAACUCAUAAGAACCCAUGGUGACACCCUCGUAACAAACACUUUAAAUCGUCUAGAAUCUCAGAUUAAACCCAUUUAACAAGUCUAACCCAUUAAUAGUGUGUCCUGUAUUGCAUUUAACUUGUUCUGACCAUAUUUCCUGUCACAAUUUUGAUAUAUGUUAAGGAGAUGCAAACAAAAAUGUUAUUUGUUAUUUGUUUUUUUAUUUAUUAUUAAUUUGUUGCUUAAAAACAAAUCUGAAAAUUUGCAAUAAUUUGUUGUUAAACAGCAUUAUUAAUGCCUCAAUUUUAAUAUAUGUUGUGGAGAUGCAAAGAAAAAGUCAAAUUUGUGUUUCUGUAAGCAGAAAAUGUCUAGUUAAUUUAUUUUAAAACAAGAAAUAUUAUGAACACAAACACCAUCAACGCCCAAUGUAACGUUUAUGUCACAUCACAGAUCUUUGACAUUUAGGUGUAGUAUUUUUUUUUUUUUAAACAUCAUAAAUGUGUAUAUAUAUCCCCCAUUAUUUUCCUUUAAAGAUUACUUGGUCUGGGUUCUUAUGGGUUAAGAGCUGCGACACAAUAACAGGGCUAUUUUUCUUUGUGUGUACGUUUUUGUGUGUGAAAACAGAUUUAUAUGCGUGUCUUUUUUUGUGGUUUGCCAUGGCAAUAGCUUUUAUACAAAAAUGCCCUGUUAUUAACAACAUCUUUUUGAGAAGUUCUUAAAAAAACCAAACCACUAGUUUGUGCUUAAACAGGGCUGCUUUUUCUGUUUGUUCGCCCAUGACUUAAUAUAUUUAACAUGUGACAUUUAGUAACUCAGGAGGAACCUCUUUCUUUGUAUGACAGAAAGCAAACAUUCACUUGAAAAUUUUUUAUUUUUAUCAUCAGAAAACGUCCUUUGUUUUGUUCCUGCUAAUACAUUUUGUGAAAAUGCCGUCCACUGAAACCUCCUCAAAGGUGAAGAACCCUUCAAAUGUGCAUAAUCCAAACUGACAACAGGUUGGUUUAUUUCUGUUCUGGGCAUUUAAACUUCAUUAUUUAACAUGACUGAGUUUUUUGAGCCAUAUCGCAUGCAGCUCUUGUAAUUCAUUAAUGUGAAACUGUUAAAGAAUGUGAACCAUCAUUCAGUUUUAUUUCAGUGUUGCUUCAGCGUAGGAGCAAUCACAUAUAAACUGAAUCUGUAACGUUUCUGUUCCAGUUUGUUUUUACCCGACAACAUUUCCGGGAGAUUGAUGUAGCACUGUCGAAUUGCUGAGACGUAAGAGUGUGACUUUGUUUUAAAUAAGAUAUUUUUGUAUUUGAGGAAAAAAAAUGUUGGAAGGAAUCGUAUUUAUGUUAGCUAGUGAAAUUCUGUUUUACUGUAAGAGGAGUAUAUGUGAUAAUCAGACGGCUUCAGUGCUGUUUUUGUGUUAGUUUGCCUUACAAUCAUAUCCGAACAGCUUUCAGCACAUAAUACAAAGACAUGUUUGUUUGUUUGCUUGUGUGAAUAUGCUCUUGCCUUUUGCUAAUUAAAGUUUGUACUUUUCACA